AUGAAGGGUGGAAAGCUGGAGGUGGCCAUGAGUGAAGCUGUUGGCAUUCCCAGAUGUGGUCCAGCAAGUCCAUUUAAAGGACACUUGAGUACUAAGAGUAAUGCUUUCUGCAUUGACUCCUCCCGAAGUUUAACCAGCCAGUACCUGAUCAGGGAUCACAUGUUGUUUCAUUAUAACAAAAUCCUUUCAGCCAAAGCAGCUGUAGACUGUUCAGUGCCCAAAAGUACAUUGACCAGCAUCAAACUUGCUGACCAGCGAAGAAGAGAGAAACUGAAAAAGAAGGUAGCCAAGUGUGAAGAGGAAAUGAGCGUGGGUAAAACUGCCUCCCGAUCCAGCUCAAGAGAGAGUGGAAGGCUGCUGCAAUCCUCUUUUGGAAGGGGUUUCUUGGAAGCAGAAGACAAAGACAGUCUCUUCCCCUGUGCUCAGCAGGCACAGUACCUAUCAAGAGUGCUGUCUCCUUAUGGCGAGCAUGGCUUGGUUCACUCCAGCCGAGUAAAAUGUGCCAGAAAAGAUUGUUGGAAUACGUCUAACACAUGCAACUCAAACUCAAGUGUCAGUACAUCAAGUACACCAAGAAAGAGCUCUGGACUUUCAUGCAGUUGCUCCACUGAUAGUUUUGCGAGCAUUAACCGUUCCCGGAGGUGUCAAGGAAGCAACUCCAAAGUACGCGGUGGGGAUCUUCUAGACAGGCACUCCGAAUUCUUUACUGAGAGCCAAAAACCUUUUACUCCACGCACGUUGGUAUCAGAUGCUAAAUCUUUCCUGUCAGAGUACAGGUAUUACACUCCUGCUCGAAGGAAAAGGAAAAAUCACUGCAAGCACCAUGUGGAAGCUCAAACACAGACUGAUGUGAUCAGCUUUCCAUCUGCAGACAAAGCAUCUGAGAGACAAGUUACAACUGAACAGCAGAAGAUCACAUUGAAGGCUGAAGAGAGAAGAUGUACUGUGGAUGAGCCUGAGAGAGAAAUAGCUGCUUUCCCAUACUCCUCCCUAAGAGAGACAUCAUUGUAUUCUCAGCAGUUUUCAGCAAGGAGGACUAUAGAGGCUGAGGAAGAAGAGUUUUUAUAUUUAGCUUUCAUUGAAGAUGUAACAAAUGAAAUUCUUAGCCUUGGGCUGUUUUCUAACAGGGUUCUGGAACAACUGUUUGAGUGUCAUAUACAAGUAAAUAAGAACCGUUUGGAUGAGAACAAAAUGCGCCACUUGUUGGAUGUACUGAAGACAGACCUGGGCUGCAGCCCAGGCAGCGCUGCAGAGCGAACCCAUGUGGGCUGGGAAGCCUUGGACUCGAUGGAUCUGCAGGAGUUGGAUACAAUGGAAGAGCUCAAGUUGACCAGUAAAAGUCAGAGGCAAAGAAAAGCUACAAAAAGUGAAGAAUUCCUUGGGACCAUGGACUUAUCAUUAAAGGAACCAAAUAAAUGUGAAUCGCCAGCAUGCAGGGAAAGUUCAAAAGAGACACCGAGCAAGGAUGACUUUUUAGAAGAUGUUGCUGAAACGAUGUAUGCUGGGACAGAGUUGGAUUCUUGUGUGAAGUCUGAAGAAGACCCAGCCAUUUCACCCUCAUCUGAGGCCACUUUAAACUUGAUUAUUUGUGACAGUGAUUUGGAAGCCAACAAGGAACUUGGUGAUCUUGAGGAAAGCUUUGCAGAGACCCUUCAGCUCUCACAUGACUAUUCAUAA